CCCACUUCCUCCGAUCGGGCAGGCAGUACACAGUAGUGGCCACUGGGCGGAAGCACCGGCUGCCUCCCUCCUCCGCCGCCGGAGUCGCCGCUCUUCACCGCCACCGCCGGCUCCCGAGAUGUCCCGUUCCCGCAGCGACCUCUUCCCCUCCUCCACCUCUGCCGCAAUUCCCGGGAGGGUGUUGUGUGCCAAGGAAAUACCUGCCUCCAAAAACCAGGCUGCUGAAGCCAGCAAGGACACCAGUGCCAGGAAAAUUGGCCAACCUGGGAACAAAAUUCGUAUACGCCUGCCACCGAGAAAGAGGUUGGCUGAGGGUGUUCAGACCGCGAGCACAGUAGUACCUCAGGAUACUAAAAACCUCCCGGCUAAAGAAGUAUCUGAACAUACUGAUGACAACACCCCAAGCACGACCUUUGUGGACAAUAAAGUGAAGGCUGAGGAGGUAUGCAGCAAAGACAUAGGAGAAGGACAGUGUCAAGGGGCAAACAACAACAGUCUGAUCACAACUAUGUCAAACGGCACACUACCUGAAGAGCCUAAUUUGAUUGUCUCGAGUCUGAACCUGACAACCGCCACCGAAGUGCAGGUUAAAGAGGAAUACAGUUACCCUGUAAGAAAGGAGCUGUGUGAAGAGGGAAACAAAUUGAUCAUGAACAAGGGGCUGCCUCUUGAGGACAGCAGCAAUGCACCUAGGAAGAAAUCAUACAUAGGAGCUAUCAACAAUACCCCAAGCAAGAACCAGUCAAUCAUUAGCGUGCAUGGUGAAGUGGAAAAGAAUAACUCCAGCGACAUGAUCCCGAGCAAGAGGCUGCUCUAUGAGACAGACAUCAAUUCUUCAAGCAAGGGGGUAACUGCAGAGGCUAGGAUCAACAACUCAAGGAAAAAUGUGACAACAUCUGCAGUGAAGGGUGUGGAGGCAAAUGACAACUCUCUGGGGAAUAACCUGUUUGAAGAAGCUGGAAAGAACAUUGCCACUGCAAAGCUGUCUAUUGAGGCUAUAAACUGUGCCCCAAGCAGAAGACCAGCUGAUCCAGCUAAUGACAAGAAAUCUAGGAAAAAGCUGCGCACAUCUCCGGUACAUGCUACUGGCACCAGCCACAACCCUUCUGGAAUUAAACUUUCUACCUCUGCUGGCCCGGAUGUUGAACAAAGUACCAGUGCUGCAUUCUUGGAGGCCGCAAAAGAGUAUAAAGAGUUUGAGGAGAAGGUUAAGAGAACUGUAUACCUUGACAACUUGUCUCUCCUAGCUACUGAUGCAGUCAUAACGAUGGCUUUGAACCAAUUUGGGAAUGUAAAAAAUGUCAAUUUUCUGACCAACUACACAGUUCCAUUUGAUAUUCCUCAAUCUGCAUUAGUAGAAAUGGAAACUGAGAAGGAUGCUGAAUAUGUGGUCAACAUGCUAGAUGAGUUCCCGUUCAUGAUGUGUGGGAUGCCAAGGCCUGUGAGGGUGAAGCGAGCCACAGCAGAAAUGUUCAACGACCGUCCAUGGAAACCUGGUAGAAAGUUAGAAUUCUGUUGGGUGGGCCCUACAGAUCCUGAUUGUCAAGAUGUCAGAAGGUUUAAGUUAAUGGCCAAGAGACAUGAGGUGGAAAAUUUAGCAUUAAUCAAGAAUCAACUGCAUGAGGAAGCAUUGCUUGCAAAGCAUCAGCAGGAGAACCUGAAUUGUAAUUACAGGAAGCUUGAAAGUAUAGAUGGUGUCAUUAUGACUGGAUGGGUUAAUCGUCUUACUCGCAUUUAUAACCUCAAUUUUGAUGAAGUGUAUUGAAGGCGGCGGGUGUACAUGGACCCAUUUUGACCUUGGAGCAUAUUUGUUGGGAGGAUUUUUUUAAACCUUGGAAUUCAAUUUUAGGAUCUGGUUAAAAUCCGUUUAAUGCUUGUAGAGCUGCUGGUGUUGAUCUUACGUAGUUUGCUACAUAUUCAGUGUAGACAACAUGCAGGAGAUAUAGCUGCCUUGUUUUUUCUCAACAUUUAGCAUUGAACAACCUGUUGAUGGUGCUGUAUAGAUGGAGUAAAGGAGAACUUGGGUGCCUUUUUUUUGGCAUUCGAACAA